AGCCAGUGCUCCUUUAUCGUCUUCACCUUCCACCCAGGCACAGUGUGGAUGUUCUCAGCCUGAGGACCUGCGGAUUAGCCAGUGCCCACAGCAUGUCGUGGAGGCUGCUGACAGGAUACCCGCUCUGCAGGAUAUGCCUUUUCAGAAAGCUUCAACCAGCUCUGAAAAUCAAACCACCUUCAGCAUGUUUCACCUACAAAACGGAUGGCCAGGCAAACAGAGAAAACACGAGAACAGUAGAAAAGCUCCAUGCAUGUUCAGUGGACAUUAGCAAAAUCCGCAGGCUGAAAGGAUGGGUGCUUUUGGAGGACGAAACCUACGUGGAAGAAAUUACAAAUAUUUUGAAAGAACUAGGUGCCAACAAAACUGUAAUAGCCAGUAUUUUAGAACGCUACCCAGAAGCAAUUGUCUGCAGUCCUGCUGCUGUUGACAGCAAAAGGAAAAUGUGGCAGAUGGUCUGCAGAAAUGAAACUGAGUUAAUCCGGUUAAUCGAGCAGUUUCCAGAACCUUUCUUUACCAUCAAGGACCAGGAGAACCAGAAGCUCAAUGUUCAGUUCUUCCAAGAGCUGGGACUCAAGAAUGUGGUGAUCACCAGGUUUCUGACAACAGCCUCUAGCAUUUUCCACAAUCCUGUAGAGAACAACAGGCGAAUGAUUGGGGUUCUCCAGGAGAGCUACCUAAAUUUAGGUGGCUCUGAGGCUAAUGCCAAAGUGUGGCUACUCAAGUUAUUAAGCCAAAAUCCAUUCAUUGUGUUAAGUUCUCCUACAGCUGUAGAUGAAAUACUAGAAUUUCUUCAAGGACAAGGCUUCACAAACUCUGAGAUUCUUCAGCUUCUGUCCAAACUUAAAGGGUUUCUUUUCCAACUUCAGCCAGGAAGCAUCCAGAACAGUCUUUCCUUCACUAAGACUACUUUUGAGUGUACAGACUGUGACCUCCGGCAGUUAGUUGUGAAAUGCCCGGCGCUUCUUUAUUAUCCUGCUAUGGUUCUAGGAGAGAGAAUCCAGGCACUGCUGAAAGAAGGGAUCUCCAUAGCUCAAAUAAGGGAGUCGCCGAUGGUGCUCGAGUUAACGCCACAGAUAAUUCAAUACAGGAUAAGAAAGCUGAAUUCUUUAGGCUACAGAAUAGAAGAUGGACAUCUAGCAAGUCUAAAUGGAACAAAAAAGGAGUUUGAAGCUAACUUUAGUAAAAUGCAACCCAAACAAAGAAGGCCAUUAUUUAACCCUGUGGCAUCAUUAAAUGUUGAAGAGUGAUCGCAAAGUGACCAAUUCACAAAGGCUUAAGCAAUUCAGCUUAUAAGCACUAAUGAUUCUCAGGACCUAAUGAGAUUCUCAGUUGUGUUGAAGUUAUCUCAUAAUUGAUGGUUUCUGAUUCAUUUGCUGUAUUUUAAACUAUAAACUGUAUUUAAACA